CUGGAUCUUCACAAUCUCUUGAAGACUUCGAAGAGCAGCUGCAGAGACCACCCAGAGAACAGGAUGCCGCGCAGCAGAGCUCUGAUUCUGGGGGUCCUCGCGCUGACCACCAUGCUCGGCCCCUGUGGAGGUGAAGACGAUAUUGAGGCCGACCACAUAGGCAACUAUGGUAUAAAUGUAUAUCAGUCUUACGGAUCCAAUGGCCAGUACUCACAUGAAUUUGAUGGUGACGAGGAGUUCUAUGUGGACUUGGAUAAGAAGGAGACUGUCUGGAGGCUUCCCGAGUUUGUACAAUUGAGAAGAUUUGACCCCCAAAGUGGACUGCAAGAGAUAGCUAGAGCAAAAUACAAUUUGAACAUCCUGAUCAAAGACUCCAAUUCCACCCCAGCUACCAAUGAGGCUCCUGUGGCAACCGUGUUCCCCAAGUCCCCUGUGCUGCUGGGUCAGCCCAACACCCUCAUCUGCUUUGUGGACAACAUCUUCCCUCCUGUGAUCAACAUCACAUGGUUGAGAAACAGCAAGCCAGUCACAGAAGGCAUUUAUGAGACCAGCUUCCUCUCCAACCGUGACCACUCCUUCCAAAAGAUGUCUUACCUCACCUUCAUCCCUUCUGAUGAUGAUAUUUAUGACUGCAAGGUGGAACACUGGGGCCUGCAUGAGCCGGUUCUGAAACACUGGGAACCUGAGAUUCCAGCCCCCAUGUCAGAGCUCACAGAGACUGUGGUCUGUGCCCUGGGGUUGUCUGUGGGCCUCGUGGGCAUCGUGGUGGGCACCAUUUUCAUCAUUCAAGGCCUGCGAUCAGGUGGCACCUCCAGACACCCAGGGCCCUUAUGAGUCACACCCUGGAAAGGAAGGCAUAUCAGGGAAGAAGUGGUAUGCUGAGCGACCUGGUGCAGUGUGUCUUCCAGCCCAAUGGAUCAUCAUCUUUGUCUAGCUUGGGUAUCCUCCAUCUGUCUUUUCUCUUGCCCUGAGGCUGUCCCCUCUCACAGCUCACACCACCUUGGAAUUCUCCAUAUCUUAGUUUUGCUUUUGGCAUCUUUCAAAUCGUAUCUAUUGUAGAAUUUCUCAGAGACCCUGACUCAGUAGCUCCACAAAACCAAUAAAUCUCUUAUAUGUUGUCUA